AUGGCCACCCGCCGGUCGGACGCCUCCGCAGCAUCUCGAGCUCCUCGGAUCCGUGUGACUCGCGCAUUCUCGCAGAUCGAGGAGCCAUCCACGCUACAGCAACUGCAUGAGCUGCUAGCGCCCACAUCGAAGAAAACUCUCGAUGUGCGGAGACUUGUGUCGCCUGCGCGCUCUCGUGGGGCCACCGACGCCACACCGCCCGUCCCGCCCACGUCUCCGGCCUCAUUGCCACGUUCAUCUCCUGUGCUCAGAAGACAAGCCACAGGCAGCAGCGACGGCAGCAGCGUCACAAACAGCCCGCAACCUGCAGCAUGGGGGCGACUGGGGCUUCCUCCACGCAACGCUAGUUCUGGCAGAGACGAAACUUCGGAACGCCGCCGCAAAUUUAGUAUAGGACGCGUAGAGGACGCCACGGUGGCGCUGCGUCGUAACGAAAGCACAGAAACAGCUACAGGAGCCGUGCCUCGACGCGGAUCGAGCGAGUGGGCGGAGACAGCGGCGAGAUUGAGUAGAAGGGUACAGGAACUCGAGCGCGAGAACUUCAGGUUGAAGAACGGCAAGGAACCACCCAAGUCUUUCGCCGGUGGAGAGAUGCACGCAUUACGAACAGCGGAGUCCGAUUUGGCUAGUGCAGCAUCAAUGACUGGCAAGCAGCCACGACAGAGUCUAAACAAGUCGCGAAGCUGUGCGAAUGGCUUCGGAUUCACUGGUCUAACCGUGGCCGAGGCAGCCGCUGCCUCUCAUCGCACACGUAUAAGACGCUUGGCCUCCGUUGCGAGCGCCACUGAAGCGGCCGUGAAGCUGCGCUCGGGCUACUGGAAUGGAGCGAACAACGUCAAGAGUAGUUUUAGCUGCAACAACCUGGCAGAUCUGGAGCAGCCUGAGUUUAUGCUUGAGAAACUACGCACGUUCCCCUCCGCUACCGUUGCAGCAUCCACUAUCGCUAACGGUGGGAACAAGAUCGGAACAACAGCUUCAACUGUUGUAGCGACGCCAAGUACGCAUGAGACCUCGCGCAAGAGCGACUCGUUCCAGCGCUCCAGCUCCGAGACCGAAGAGGAUCUCGCUAGCAUGAGGUCGCAGCAUUUCGCACUUAAGAACGCGCGGAAAUCCUUCUCCGUCGUGGCUCAGCAGAACUCGUCGUCUGUGGAUUUGAAUCUUGACGGCGAGCCAGAGACGCGAAUCACGUCACCGCGCUCAUACUUUGAGGCAGGACUGCGCACAGGGAGCUUAUCUAUUGGACCAACAGCAUCGCCGGCUUUAAAGACGACGAAGCGAACGAGUAUACGUGACGUGCGCAUGUGGGUGGGCACGUGGAACAUGGGCGCAGCAGACCCGUUCGAUGACGGCAAAGGUAUCAUUGACGAACAGCGCUCAGCCACAAUGCUGCAGAACUUCCUGCCACACGGCUACCAACUGUAUGUGCUUGGAGUACAGGAAGGUGUAUCGGAGAAUGUCUAUCACGCAGUGGAGGCGUAUCUUAACCGCAAUGAGCGAGGAGCCCGCUACUAUCGUAUGGAGAUGAGGAACAGCGACUUUAUGGUGAAUCACAAGAAUUAUCCUCCCGAUGCAGUGAUUGAUGCUGUACACGGUCGAGGCGAUGGAGCGUUUGUAGGCACUAAAUUCACGGGGAUGGCUGUGUUUUAUUGCGCGGAUAUCCAGGAUAAAGUCAAGUUGAUUCGAGCUGGUGCACACAAGUUUAAGCUCACGAGUGGAUCCAAGGGCGGAGUCGCUGUGGCUCUCAUGGUCAAUCACACGACUAUUGUGUUCGUGAACUGCCAUUUGGAUGCGAGAAACGACACGUACCGUCGUGAGCAGAUCAGGAACCUGAACGCUAGUCUCGGACGUGUGAUGGGUCACUACAGCUUUGAUCUGACGGAGCAGUUCCAUCACGUGGUGUGGAUGGGGGACAUGAACUACCGUAUCGUGUUACUGGACCCUCAAAUGGUGCUGCACAUGCUCGAAGAAGGUCGCAAUCUCGAGCUACACGACAAGUUCGAUGGGCUACUGAAUGACCGUCGCAAUGGAGGAGUCUUUGAAGGGUUCACAGAGCCGCACAAGUUCCCGGACUUCUAUCCGACUUAUAAAAAGUUUCCCAAGCGUGGACCAGUGAAUGAGACGCUGCCAUUGUGGCCAUCUCUCGUGUGGCGUGUGCUGUACAAGGAACCGUUUUAUAAAGGAGGCAAGGUGAAGAAGCGAGUACCUGGAUGGUGCGAUCGCAUCUUGAUCCACUCACUGUUAGUCAGUGACUCGAAACUGAUUCCGGAAAAGGUUCCGGACCCGACGUCCCAAGAGCGACUUAUUGACAAUUAUCGUUCUGUGAACCAUGGCGACGGGAUGGACGUUAGUGACCACAGUCCUGUGUACGGCACGUUUGUACUUAGUUUCCCGCAGCAGAACAGCGACGUGUUAAGCUCGGGAUCUCCACGAAGAAUGUCACGUCGCAAUUCCCGAUCCUUUUCCACUCCCAGUGGGAUUAACGACGGGGACAAAUAUUCAAGUGCUGUGAGUGGCAGCUACUUCGACCAGGCUCGCGUGGUACGACAAAUGAAGGCGCAGAACCGCUCCGUGUCGACGGUAUUGAGGGUCUUCAAUAUGGUUCUGGUGUGGGGCGAUUCCAACACGGUCGUUCCGAAGAAGACGCGUAUUGUGGCGCCGUUAGUUGGAGAGGAUUCCAAGCAGUGUGACGUCAUUGGGGAGCGAUGCCAAGGCUCCAACGGACUGAAUUUGUCGCUCAACGCAGUGAUUCAACACGCGCGGCCACUGGAGCAGCUUCACAUGCUGCUCUGGGUGAAGAACGAGUCCGUCAAUGGCCACUGCACACUGUCGCUGAAACGUGUGGCUCGCCAAGAAGAGGGAGGCGAGGUCAAGUACCGCGUACCGCUUUACAAUGACUCGAUGCGGGUGCAUCUCGACGGACACCCGUUACUUGUAGUUUUCUCCGUGCGAAGUAAAACAUUCGCCAAGUGA